GUUAGAUACAAACGACUGGAGAUUGAGUGUACAUGUAAUGGUUCACGGGUGAGAACACAAGAAUAAACACACAUACGAAUUACAUAGUGAAAUCAGUCCAAAAUGGGUUCCCUAUACAAAAAUACACAAUUCACAUUCAAUGGGUUCAGAAUUUGCAUAGGUUUUUUCUGAAAAAUGGUAUUAGCCAUUUUGUUAAUAAAUUUUAGGCUAACUAAAUCAUCCGAUGUCAUAUUUCAAGUCAAUUACGACAAUUUUAUAACUAUUGAAUUCGACAUCGGAUGAUCUCAUUUAGAGUUGCAAUAGGUUCCCUAUGCAAAAAUACACAAUUCUCGUUCAAGACUCAAGUCCAAAAUAUGAAUAGAAAAAAACAUACACACUUUAAUCACCUAUGCAAAAAUACACAUACAAUAACUUCUAGCCAAGUACAUACACUAUACUUGCAUACGACACAAGUCCAUUUAGAGUAGUCAUUCAAUAUUCUCUUCCAACUGGAGUCUUAAACACAUCCCAGUUAACCGUAACAUACAAGACUUUUACAUAGAAGUCUCAAGUCCAAAAAAGAUACAAGUCUAAUUAAAAAAUACACCCAUUAUUACGGUCAAUAAAUUUGUCAUAAAACACAAUAAGUAGUCGGUCAUAUUUAUUACACUUGAGACUCGGUUUACGAAAUUAGUAAGCCACAAAAAACUCAAAUUAUUUUUGUUAUCCAAAUUGUAAGACUUGUAUUCAAAUUCACAAUCUGAAAAAACAUACAAGUUUUCAGUGUUUUGAGGUUUACAGCUUACUAAAUCAACCGAGUCACGAAAAUUGACUUAAAUUUUGAGUACGACAUCGAAUGAUCUCAUUUCGAGUUGCAAUGAGUUCCCUAUGCAAAAAUACACAAUUCUCGUGCAGGACUCAAGUCCAAAUUAUGAAUAGAAAACAACAUACAAGUCUUCAGUGUUUUUCAGGCUUACUAAAUCAACCGAGUCACGAAGAUUGACUUAAAAAACGAAUACGGCAUCAGAUGAUCUCAUUUCGAGUUGUAAUGGGUUCCCUAUGCAAAAAUACACAAUUCUCGUUCACGACUCAAUUCCAAAUUAUGAAUAGAAAAAAGCAUACAAGUCUUUCGUGUUUUUCAAAUUUACUAAAUCAACCGAGUCAUGAAUAUUGGCUUAAAAGUGAUGAAAUCAUAGAUAAAGCAAUUGCACCGGCUGCCACGGUCGAGGAGGUUAACAAGGAGGCUAUAGAGAUUACCAACGACAAUGGGCCGCACAACCCUGUUGUGGAGAGCUCUUCUGCCGAGCCUGCAACUGCUGUGAAAGAUGAGGCUGAGGAGAAGUUGAUUAUACCGGAGUCUACUGUGGCGGAAGAGACUGAAAGUGAGAGCUCAGGAUAUAGAUCGUUUGAGACCGACAAUGGAUCGGGGGAGGAGGACCUGAGCCAGACAGAUACUGCGGACUUUGAUGAAGUUUAUAUGGACGGUAAGGUUUUUAUGAUUAGGAAAGAGGAUAAUGUGAACAGAAAUAGAAUGAUAAGGAGAAUUCCAGGUUUAAGUUGGGAGGAAACAUUUGUUAAAAAGAAGAUUGCUCUUGCAAAUCUUUUUAAGGGUAGGACAAAUGGGAAGAAAAAGAAAAAAGGUUGGACUAGACCAUCCAAAGGGUGACCCUUUUUGGAAACUCUGAUUGGAAUUAGGGGAAAGAAGUGCUAUGAUUAAUGGGCUGGGAGUGUACUUAGCUGCUAGUUCGCUACUUAGCUGUAGUAGUUCGCAUGAGAGUUUUACUGGGAUGCUGCGUAUUCACUCGCAGCUGCUUGUUUUUUCCGUUCGCUGGGAAGCAAGUAUAAAUGGGGUGAUUUACCAAAAAGGGGGAAAAGGGGGUUGGGGUUGCCAAAAAACGGGGAUUUUUUAGGGUUUACCAAAAAGGGGGAGUCGGAACUGCGUGUUCCGACCAGGUUGUAGGGUUAAAAAAAAUUCUUCCCACUAGUCGGAUUAGGGAGUUCCGACUAGAUUUAAUUUUUUUUUUUUCGAAAUUUGUUUUUGAAUUUGAGUUUGUAAAAAAUAAAAAUGUUAGGGCUAAAUUAUAUCAAUUCCAAAUUUAAAAUUUCUUUUAGAUUCAUGACAUAUUUUUAACAUGAAAACUUAGCAUUAUUAUUUUUUUACUAAGAAAACAAUUGAUUGCUUUAAAUUGUUUUUUAAUCCAUUUGUAUUGUGAAUUUAGUUUUAAUUGCAAUUUGUAAUUUUAAGUGCAAUUUUGAUUUACUCCAUUCGUCUAAUUAGAUAAAAAUUUGAUUUUGUUUUAAGUGAAAUUUUUUUGUAAUUUUAAUGGAAGUGAACAAAACAAAUGUAGUUUUCAAUGUAAUUUAUUAAUGAAUAGACAGUACAUACAAUAUUAAAUUUAAUACUACAUCUAAUUUAGCGUGCUCCGCCCUGCUCUGUCCCCACCGCCAGUGUUCCAAGGCCCCGUUGUGUCUCCAUAGUAAAUAGACGAAUUCAAAUAAAAUUCAGAUAGAGUAGAAUAAAGAUUUAGUAGUUAUAAAAUUG